UCACUUUUCUGGUCGUUGAAGUCUUGCGCCACUGUCACAAAAAUCUUUCUUACUCAGCAUAAUUUUCCUUCCUUUAAAAUUCGCCACAACUUUUCAUUUCGCCGCCCAGUUUAGUCAAAAACCAUGGACACAACACAACAGGUCCUCACUUUCGACCAAGUUUCUCGCCUCGAACGGGUUUUAAACCAAGUAGUUCAGGUACACGGACGAGGAAACUUUCCAACACUGGAUGUCCAUCUUCGAAGCCUAAUAGACGUGGUGUCCUCUGGCUUGAAGAAGGAAGGCCUCAAGAUUAAAGACAUUCGCCUUAAUGGCAGUACAGCAAGCUAUAUUUUGAGCCACGACAAUAUCACUGCGUACAACGACAUUGACUUAAUCUUUGGUGUUGAGAUCAAAUCUCACUCUCAUCUCCAACAAAUCAAGACUGUGGUUCUUUCGUCGCUCAUCGAUUUUCUGCCCAACGGAGUUUCCAAAGAUAAAAUGACCAGCUGUACUCUCAAGGAAGCCUACGUGCAAAAAAUGGUCAAAGUUUCAAAUGACAACGAUCGAUGGUCGCUGAUUUCGCUGUCCAACAACGAAGGCAAGAACAUAGAACUCAAGUUCGUGGACGCCAUGAGGCGACAGUUCGAGUUCUCCGUGGACUCGUUCCAGAUCAAACUCGAUUCAUUGAUCGGUUUUUAUAAACUAUCAGACGUGCCAAUGCAGUCGAAUUUCUUCCCGACAGUUGUUGCUGAGUCAGUUUAUGGAGACAUCAAACUGGCACUAUUUCAUUUGGACAACCAUCUCAUCGCGACCCGUAACCCGGAGGAAAUCCGCGGUGGUGGGCUACUGAAAUACUGUAACCUUCUCGUCCGGAAUUACUUCCCAGAAAACAUCAACACCAUCCAUAUGCUGGAACGAUACAUGUGUAGUAGGUUUUUUAUUGACUUUGGAGAUGUGGAACAGCAACGAGUGAAGCUUGAAAGCUACCUGGCUAGUCACUUCAUCGACGAGGACGACACUAAAUACCAGUAUUUGAUGAUCCUAUACACUAUCGUAUCAAACUCUACAGUCUGCUUAAUGGGACAUGAGAGAAGGCAGACUUUAAGACUCAUCACUACACUUGCUAAACGUUAUUCUCCUACUGGGUUCAGUUAUUGUGAGAGUUAUGGAGCAAAUCCACCAAGCCCGGUGUACUAUCCCGAGCCUUCGGAUACGCAAUAUCUGUACCAGUCAAAUCUUGUGCAGUGUUUUUAAAUCGGACUGUCGAAGAGCCUUUAAUAAGGCUAACUUAAUAACAAUGUAUAUAGAAUAUGGAAUCACACACGGGAAUUCAAACCUGUUCAAGAAUAGAUUUAUUUUCUUGUAACUUUUAGGACAAAAGUUGUCAUAAAAAAAUUAUAUUUGUACCGUCGAAAUUCAAUCAAUAUUAUGGAUUUCAUUACGAAAAGUGCUUAUACUACCUGCAGGGACGAAAAUUAUAUUAAUAAGUGUUUUACAAACGGAAAAGAAAAAAUCACAAGGGUAUUUUUAUUAAAAAAUGUGAUUCUUUCUAGCCUGAAAUCCGAUAUGUGAUGUUUACAAGAGAAUGUUCUGUAAUGGCCACAUAUGAAUACAGUACCAAGAUAUUCUAUAUAAUACAAUUUUCACUUAUUUGAGCUUGUUGAUGUGAUAUAUUUUAUCAUGUUAGUGAGUUAAUUCAAGAGUGGACAAAUAAAUUAUUUUCUUAAGCUAAAAA